GGUGGCUUUUGCGUUUGGCGUCUGCUGGGGUGACUCGAACUUUUUGGUUGGCGGUUUCACGGCGCGCGCGCGGCUCUUGUGUGGUGACAAGGGGUCGAGAGACGACUCUGGCUCUCGCGGCAAACCACGCCGCGUUUUUUUGAGAGCCAAAAGUGGUCAAAUAACGUUUCACAAAUUGCGCGCAGCUAGCGGUGUAAGACACUAGCAAGCCAGCCGGCAUUUCACAAAGCAGCCCAGGAAUUCAUACAGGGACCAGGACAGCUCGUCUGCGUGCGCCUUAUAUAGCUCUCAAGACGUCACAGAGAUUUUAGCUGCACCGCAGAGCUGUGCGGCUAGCCCCCAGGCUGCCUGGCCAAACCUGCGACUCGCCGCGGCCCGCGACGAUGCGCCGCAGCAACAGCGACAAUUCCCAAGGCAAGGGACGGGGCCGCGGCGGCCGCCGCGACGGCCGCGGCCGCGGCUACUCGAACGUUAAACCGGAAAAGCGCGACGACGGCGGCGACGGCACCGUGUAUCUAGCGACGGUCACGGAGCUCGCGUUGGACGCGCCGGCCCAAGGCGUCUUCGCGACGCUCAAGGCGUCGCGCGGCAGAUACGACGGCCAGCGCUGUCUGUUGCGAGCACGGAACCAGCCCGCCGUCGAGGCCCUGCGGGUGAACGAUAUUUUAAGGGUCAAGUGCCGAAGCGACCGGCAGAACCGACUUGAAGGUAGAUUGUGUCCGCCUCGCAUCGGCACUACCGCUACGGGCACUGCGUCAUCACCGAAGAAGCCCCUCUUGGUACUUGACUUAAAUGGCGUCCUAUGUGAUCGAGGCACCUACGCGACGCGCGACGCGAAGCAGAAGAAGUCGAUCAACCGACCACAUGCGGCCCAAUUCGUGCGGUGGUGCUACGAGCGGUUCGAGAUUGGCGUGUGGUCUUGUGCCAAGCGCGACAACAUGGACCUUUCACUAUUUGAAGGGAGGGAUUUGGUGCUGUGCUGGGACCAGCGCAAGUCGACGUCGCUGUGGCCGCGGACGUCGACCGUGAGUCCGCAGAAGCCCCUGUUCCUCAAGGAAAUUGACCAGUUGUGGGCGUCGACGUUCGACGCGCCUCGGGAUGAGGAUCUGGGCGUGAGUGGCGACUGGCGCCGGAAAGUUGAGAAGCCGUCUGCCCCGAAGCUGACGCGGUACGAUGCUUCCACAACAGUAUUGGUCGACAACCAUCUGGAAAAGUUCGAGCGGAAUCCCCUCGGGAGCUGUGUCUUGGUGCCGACGUGGACGGCCUCCGAGGAGUCCGAUGCGGCGUUAUCACUAGAUGGUGACCUGUGUAGAACGUUGUCGCAGUACGCUACGGGCGACUGCCAGGAGACGGGCGAGAAGCUCGCCGGGAACGGUAUUGUUCCUAAAGAGCACCCGGCGCCUACUGAUGAUGAUGUAAGAGCGGUGCAGGACUAUGUGGCGCGGGGCUGCCCGGACGGGCCCUUGCAUCCUUCGUUAGAAGCCUUGGCGAGCGCGCCGGCGCCGCCCCCGAGCGCGCGCGCCGAGGCGCCGCCGCCGCCCGUCAAGGCGCAGGAGGCGGCGCCGCCGCGCCCGCCUCAGAAAUCGUCGCUGGUCAGUGAUCGGAGCAGAACAUGAACUUGAACGUGACGCGGUCGCGUCGAUGGCGUCUUCGUGAGACCACACCGCCGCGACGCCGUCGACAACGCGUCUCGCGAGAGAGCUGUGGCGGCGUCGGUCGCAUCGAUGGCGUCUUCACGAGACCACACCGCCGCGACGCCCUCUAUUUCAACGCAGGAGCGCCUCGCGAGUCAACAGCAAGCACGGGGAGGCUUCGACGCGUCGCUAGCCAAGCGCUUCGCCGACCUCUACUGCUCGUCGCGCCAACAUAAGACGUCGUGCCCCGACUGGCCGCCCCGGAAGUAUCUUGAGCGACGCGACUCGCCGGGGCCGCGGGCGCGACCUCUGAAACGACGAGACUUGGCCAUGCUCCGGACGCAGCGCUGGUUCGCGACCGAAAAGACGGACGGGGAACGGCACUGGCUCUGGGCCGACGCGGACGGUUGUCGGUUACUUUCCAGAGAUCUGAGCGUCGCGAGGAGCUUCGGUCCCGUCCAAGGUUUAUCCAGUGAUACUAUUCUGGACGGGGAGGUCGUCUCUGAAUCUAACGGGAGGGAGUUCUUCGUGGCGUUUGAUGCCGUAAGGUGUCUCGGCGAGGACGUCGGGGCUCAUCCAAACGCUCCUGCGAGGUUGAAGGCGUCCUCACGCGCAUUUGAGUUGCUCUCGGACUUAGACGGGUUACAUGUAAUAGCCAAGACCUAUUAUGGUGCCGAUUUCGAUAUUCUGAGGAAGACGCUGGACACGGGCGUCUUCACCGAUGGUUCUAGAAGCACGGAGUGCGACGGCGUCGUCUUGGCGUCGUAUCGCGACAACCAUGGGUACUACGACGCGGUGUGUUUCAAGUACAAGCCGCGCGUGACGCUAGAUGUGAGGUUGAGGUCGGCGCCGAGGAUCGGCGACAUUGAGGCGUCCGUCCAGAACGGCCCGCACGACGUCACGGUCACGUCCGUCGCGAUCGACGCCAAAGCUAUGAAGCUUCUGAAGAGCGUGAAGCCGCCGCCGAAGGGCGUGCGAGGUCAUAUUGUCGAGUGCGAGUACAUCGACGGGCUGUGGCGUAUCCAAAGGAUAAGGACAGACAAGAAGAAGCCUAAUUCAUUGAGGACGGCCUGGGCCGUGUUGGAAAGUAUCGCGGACCGAACGACCGUACAAGACUUAGCUGACGCUUUGGCACAAGCAUGGUCGCAGGAUGACAACGCAAUUGCAGCGGCAGAACACUACGACCAGCGGCAAAGGGAUCGCAACGCCGGCAAACAACUGCAAGACCAGAUGUAUCGGCUGCGAAGGCUGAACAACUUCGUCAAGGCCCUCGUGUUGGACGCGUGUUGUGUGCGGCGGGACGCUGCCGCAUCGGAGAGUUGUGAUACGGCGUCCCUACUGCGAGAUUUGAGGAAGCCUGGGAAGUCGCGACGACCCGAGAGACGAGACCGAAAGCCCUGCGCAGUGUUGGAGCUCGGCUGUGGGAGAGGAGGCGACCUGGGGAAAUGGAGGAAAGCAGUGGACGUCACCAAGCUCGUAGCGUGCGACAUCUCGACGGUGGCACUCGAUGAAGCGCGCGAACGGUGGGAGAAGGACGGGCCACCCCAGGGUAAAUUUGUCGUCGGCGAUUUGGGGGACGCGACGCUGGCCGCGAAGAUCAAGGGCGAGGUGGGGGAGUGGAAGCCCUGGGCGGACGUGGCGUCGUGCCACUUUGCUUUACACUACGCUUGCGGGAGUCCUGAAAGAAUAGAUGCGCUGCUCGAUUGCGUCGCGACGAACGUCAAGAGCGGUGGGGUGGUGGUGGCCACCAUCAUCGACUGGCUCCAACUAAGACAGCUGUUGGUGAAUGGAGGGAGGAUCGGCGACUUGUGUAAGGUCGAGUGCUCGGAUGAAGCAAGGACGCAAUUGUUGCAAUUACCCGAUGAAAGCAGCGCGGGCCACCGCGCCUGGGGCGUCGAGUACAAGUUCACGCUGGGCGACGCCGUGCAGGACUGCGCGGAGUUCGUGGUGCACCGACCGUCGCUCAUCGCGCGCGCGGCCGCGAAGGGUCUAAAAUGCACGCUCGAGGCGCGCUUCGACUGCUUCUUGGAUGGGGAGAGAAGGCGGCGGGGCCCGGCCUUCCUCGACCUGGCGACGAGCGUCGGCGUGCGGCCGAAGCAUGCGAAUGAUGACGUUUUGAGUGAUGACCAGUUCGCGGUGGCGUCCUUGUACUGCGUCGUGGCGUUCGUGCGCGAGGAUUGAGGGCGUAAGUUCCCGCGUUCGGGUAUUGAAUCGGGUCU